UUGGAGGAUCUGCAUCCGACCCAAGCCGACCGCAUCGAGCUCCACCAGUGAAGACAGGCCCGCCGGCAGCCGUGCUCGGGACGCCGCCGACGCGCGGACUACACCACUGCAACUUCGGACUUCCACCCCAGGGCGCCUGCCCGUAACCUACCCAAGCACGGCCCCGCCAUGCGCGCGGAGUUCUCCCAGAUCAGCGCCUUAACCGCCGCGGCCGCGCACGUCCUCUGCUUUGCGGGCCUUGCUGCCGCCCACGCCCUCGCUGGCCGCGGCGCGCUCGUCUCCGAUCCCGCGCUCGCCCUCCGCCUUGUUGUGGUUUGUGAAGCGCCCAUAGUCAUCGCAGUGUUCAGCUACCUCCGGCGUGAUACCCAAAGCUGCUCGUUUUUCAAGGCUGUUGCGAGAGGAUUGAUCGGCUUGCCUGUGGGAGCGUUCCUUAAUGCAUUUGGAGCAAUCGUUCUUGGUGCACCUGUUGGAAUCAAAUACUGGAUAGCUACUAUUUAUUGGUCGCUUGCCAUGUCCUUGUUAACGUUUGUUCCUGCAGCAUGUGUCUUUGGAACAUCCAAGAUUGAUUGGCAGAAUGUGCUUUCUCACUCCAUUUAUUUCACACCAAUUGAUGUCGAGAACUACAUGAUAUCUGCACCUUGUCAUGGAGCUGUGCUAGGAGCAUGGCUUGGUGCUUGGCCUAUGCCCCUUGACUGGGAGAGACCCUGGCAGGAAUGGCCAAUCUGUGUCACUUAUGGCGCAGUUGCUGGGUAUUUGGUUGGAAUGUCAGUGUCAUUGGUCCUAAUAGCUGUUCAUAAGAGAAGGGUUCGUGCAAAAACAGACUAGCCUGUGGAUGAUGAGUGCAGCCGUCCCUUUUUCUCUCUCCAUUUUUUCCUGGUUAGAUGUGAUAUAUGACUAUUGACUAAUCGAAGAGCCCUGUAGUGCCCAUUUUGUUCAUCCCACAAAGCAAUGUAUUUGCUGAUAAGCUUUCUUGUUAGUGUGAGUACUGAUUGUUUUCAAUAUAUAGCUUCAUCCAGGUUGACAUUGUUCUCAUCUUUUGAAGCGUUUUUGCACCUGUACAUUGUAAGGACUGCAGCUCAGUUUUCCAUAGAGAGUUGGGAGGUUUAUUAUUACUUUAAAA